AGAAUUUGUAGUGUCAAGGGCAACAGUAUUGUAAAUGGGAACAGGAACAAGGCAAGCAAAGCCGCCAUUGAAUAAGCCAACGCACUGAACAGAGCCAUCAAUGGUGAAUUUCCAAAACCAAACCUCUUACUUGGGAAUCCGGAAAGUAAUUCUCAAUAGAUAUCAGCAACAAUUGUAGGGCACUAAGAUCAUGAAGAAACAACUAUUUGAGGCAUGCAUCAAGUAAAAGACUGAUUUUCAAACAAGAGAAUUCACCAUUUAAAGAGUUGCAGCUCGAGAGUUCCAAUACAUGUACGUUCUAAUCUCUUAUACUUCAGAAAAAAAAUAUCGACUUCAUGAAUUUCAAUCCAUCAUAUGCUAUUAAAGAACCAAUAGGGUGUUGGGCCCAGGCCUAUAGUCAUCUCGACGGAUCAAACCAAAGCCUCUCCACUUGAAGCCCAAACAGCUUCUCUGUCAGCGUCGAGAUCACCAAAGACGUCUUCUCCUUCAUUCCUAAUCCCUAACAAUCAGAACAUCGAGAAGAACCAACUCCCCCGAUGGAUGACAUCUCCAAUCCGCCCCUCAAAAGCCUCUGUCAACGGUAACCUCAUUGAAGAAGAGAGAGAUCGAAGAUGCCCUUCGAAAGCCUACUUAAAGACCUCUCGAGGAAGAAGAUGGUAACGGUUUCCAAUGCUCAGUAAGAACGGGUCAGUUCUUUGGGAGAGUCGGAUUGGGUUCUUGCUUAAAGUGUCUAAGAUUGCUAGAGUUGGGGCUGUUGCCAGGAACUCUAGACAAUCUGGGCAUAUCGUACUAUUUGUUGUCCUUCUUCUUCGCUUGUCUUGUUUGACUUAGAGUGUUUCUUAAACUGGUGAAACUGUGAUCCUUCUCUUGAUUGACUAUUGUUCUUCUGUUUUACCAGUAAACUUAUCCUCAAUCAAUAAUAGCUGUAAUGGGGUAAGACAUAGAUGUUUAACAAUUGGUAUCAGAGCCCCCUUUUCGUGGAACUUAGUGUUGCCGAGAAGGAGAUCCUCUGUCUUGCUAUGUCUUCUAACUCAUUCCCCACUAGUUCAAAUCCUCCAUGGUUUUCUGUUUCCAAUUAUUAUGUAUGGAAGAAGAGAAUGAGACUAUACCUCCGAGGAAUCAACUGUGAAUUGUGGGCAAUUGUCCGUAAUGGACCAAUUGACAUGAAAGAAGACGAUGAGGAGGAUUGGUCAAAUGAACAAAAGAAAAGUGCUCAACUAGACUCUAGAGCUAUGCAUAUUUUACUGUCUACUAUAUCAGAUAAUGAAGGUGAAAGAGUUAACAAAUGCGAAACUGCAAAGAAAUUUGGACAAUUCUAGAAACAACUCACGAAGGAACUUUAGAAGUAAAAGAAACUAGAAUUGAUCUACUACUAAAAGAGUAUGAAACUUUGACAUGUUAUCAGGAGAAUCUAUCUCUGAAAUGGAUAAAAGAUUCUCUACUUUAGUAAAUUGACUCAAAGGUCUAGGAAAGACCUUCUCUAGCAAAGAACUAGUAAGAAAAGUUCUUAGAUCUCUUCCUCUUGAAUGGAUGGCCAAAAGAACUGCCAUUGAGGAAGCUAAGGAUCUAAACGUCCUGUCCCUAGAAAACUUGAUUGGAUCCCUUCUUAGUCAUGAGGAAGUUCUCAAACAAAUGAACUCUCUUCAUGACAGAAAGAACAAGUCUAUUGCCUUUAAUUCUGUGUGUGCUAAUGAAGGGGAGAAGCUAGAUGAGGAGUUCGAAAAUGAACUUGCUCUCACCAGCAAGAAGCUCCAAAGAAUGAUGAAAUUUAAACAUGACCAAAAUGCUAAAAGGGGAAGUCAGAGCAAUGGAUAUUCCUUAAGACCUUCUGGAAACAUGCACAAUCAUUCCCCUAGAACCUUUGGACAUCACUCUGGAAGUUCAAAUGACAAAAACUCAUUUGCAACUAACAUACCUGAUACUAGCUCUAAAGAUGUCAAAAGUUCAACUGAAAACAAAUCUGACUCCACCAUCUGUUUUAAAUGUGUUAAAACAGGUCAUAUAAGAGUCAACUGUCCUCUAAACAAAAGAAAAGAAAAGGCUAUGGCAGCUACCUGGAGUGACUACAGCUCGGAAGAAGAGUCUGAUAAUAUUGCUUUCAUGGGGUUGAACUCCAACAACGAAGAUGUCAAUGCUAAUGACCAGGUAUGGUCUGACUGAUUUUCUGAUUCAGUCUCUGAAACUCAUAAUGAAGACUUCUUUCUUCAUGCUCUUUCUAAUCUACAGGAUGAAUGUAAUAGAUUAAGAAGUAAGUGCUAUCUUACUGUAACAAAAUUACAUGACAAAGACAUUGAAAUUCGAAAACUAAAAGAACAUAUAGACAUACAACAUGCUGCUCAAAUUACUCAGGACUCUCAAGUUGCCAAUCUUAUUGCUGAAAACAAAAUUCUAAAGAAGCAGAUUGGCAACUGCAACAGAAUAAUAAACAAACAGACCUGGGUGCCAUCUCUGGCCUAUUCUACUACUUGGCAUGAUUCCCACACCAAUAACUAUGAACAUAAAAAAAUAUUUCAACCCUGGAUCCACCCUCGAUUCUGCUCACUCUGUAAGAAAUCUAGACAUAACUAUGAUCAUUGCUGUUCCAGAAAACAUAAACCCAAACUUGUUUGGGUUGUUAAAACUUCUAAUUAAACUCCCUUUCCUUUUCAGAAUAAUAAAGGUGCUAACAUCUGGUACUUAGAUUCUGGAUUCUCUCAUCAUAUGACGGGUAACAAAGCUCUUUUUUCUUUUCUUAAUCCAAAAAGAGGAGGUAAAGUCUUCUAUGACAAUAAUAACUGUGCUUAGUAGUUGGAAAAGGCACUAUUAGCAGCAAUUCUUCCCUUAUUAUUGAAGAUGUACUUUAUGUAGAAGGUUUAAAGCAUAAUCUGCUCUCCAUUAGUCAAAUAUGUGGGUCCACUUAUCGUGUCACAUUUGAUCCUUUCUGGUGCAUCAUUGAACGAAUUUCUGACAAUGCUGUGAUAUUUAAAGGAAAGAAAAUUAAUAAUGUGUACACUGUGGAUUUGUCCACUCUUGAUUUAUCAGAGGAUAUAUGUUUGAGCUCUAUGUCUGAUCCAGCAGUUAUCUGGCAUAGAAAACUAGGGCAUAUGAGUUUAUCUCGCUUGAGUAAACUCUCUAAUCUCAAUCUGGUUAGAGGGCUGCCUCAAAUUAAGGCAUUUGAUAAUUUCACUUGUGAAGCAUGCAUCCUAGGAAAACAUUGCAAGAAGUCAUUUAAAAGUAAACAGGAUGUUACCACCUCUGCUACCUUUGAUCUAUUACAUAUGGAUUUAUUUGGACCAACAAAUGUUCAAAGUCUUGGAGGAAAAUCAUAUGUGCUAGUAAUUGUUGAUGAUAUCUCCAGAUUCACCUGGGUUUACUUUCUGUCUUCCAAAGAUGAAGCCUUCUCUAAGUUUAAAUCUUUUGUGAUUCUUAUGCAAAAUCAAUUUGACUGUCUUGUUAAAUGCAUUAGAAGUGAUAAUGGUGGUGAAUUCAUCAAUGACAAAUUUUGUAGCUUCUGUGAACACCAUGGUAUCCUUCACACAUUCUCUGCACCUAGAACCCCACAACAGAAUGGGGUCGUGGAGAGGAAAAAUAGAUCUCUUAUUGAAUCUGCCAGAACUAUGCUUCUUGAUUUUGAUUGCCCUAAGUUCCUCUGGGUAGAGGCAGUAAACACUGCUUGCUAUGUGCAUAAUCAUACCACCAUUAGAAAGAUUAUUAAUAAAACUCCCUAUGAAAUAUUAAAAGGAAAAAUACCUAAGCUAUCCUACUUUCAUCCAUUUGGAUCCAAAUGCUACAUUCUGAAUACUAAGGAUCAAAUUGGAAAGUUUGAUGCUAAGUCUGACAUUGGUAUCUUUCUUGGUUAUUCUAAUAAAGGUCAGGCAUAUAGAGUCUUUAAUAAGAAAUCAAGAAAAGUUGAAGAGUCAGUUCACAUUAAGUUCGACUCAUCUCAUCCAUCACUACCUUUGCAUUCUGAUAUAAGCAACUAUGACUGUCUUCCUCUUAGCUCUUCUCUUGAGACAGGUGAAACCUCUAACAAAGAGGAUUCUGUUAA